UCAGUGCCACUGUCAGUGUCUCAGUGCAUGCCCAUCUGUGCCACAUCAAUGCCACAUAUCAGUGUCUACCAGUGCACAUCAAUGCCACAUAUCAGUGCCCAUCUGAGCUGCCAAUCAGUGCCACCUAUCAGUGCUGCCAAUCAGUGCCAGUCAGUGCCGCCUACCAGUGCCAGUCAGUGCCGCCUACCAGUGCCAUAUAUCAGUGCUGCCUUUCAGUGCCCAUCAGUGAUGCCUGUCAAUGCCCAUCAG